AAUAUUGAUCCACUCAUGGCUAAUCCCUUCAACGGCUCAUUCUCUAACUCCAAUUACUAUUAUGCCCUGGCUCCCCCCCACAAUUAUCAGCUAUCAGCCUAUCACCCUGUCCCUCGUCGGCUCGUCCUUAACCCUCACAUUAUAUAUCUUCGUAUAACCCACUGCUAAGCUUGGACUGCGUGCCAGAGCGAGCACUGAGCGCUGAAUGAUUGGGUUCAUCGUCUCCCGCUCCAUCACUUCUCACACAAUCCUACAAUUACCAAUCCCUUCUUCCUUCCUACUACUUCGUUAAUCCCAUCUAUUCUUCUAUCGAUUCGCUCGAUUUCACUGCAAAAUUCAAGGUUCUAAUAUGUCCCGCAAGGAGCCCGAAUCCGCCGCCGACGACAGACCCAACAGUCUCCUAGCCAACACGCGCUGCUGCUUCUGCUUCCCCUGCUUCGGCUCCCGCCCUUCCCCCACCGUCGGCCUCGCCUGGUGGGAGCGCGUACGAGCUACUUCAUGGUCUCACUCACGCGCGCACGCUUCUCCUAUUACCGAGGAUCGCUGGUGGUCGCGCGGCCUCAGGGCCCUCAAGAAGAUCCGUGAGUGGUCCGAGAUCGUCGCUGGGCCGAGAUGGAAGACGUUUAUCAGGAGGUUCAACCGGAAUAGAAGCGGCGGCGGCUGCAAGCACGGGAAAUACCAAUACGACCCCUUGAGCUACGCCUUGAACUUCGACGAAGGCCCUAACAACCAGAACGGCGAUUGCGAAGACAACGGCUACGACGGAUACCUCAAUUUCUCCACCCGCUACGCCGCCACGCCUGGCUCAAUCCCGUUGAAAUCUGUUGAUGCAGCUCCGGGCAAGGACGUUGCGCUAUUCGCUUGAAAAUUUGCUGAGUGCGCCGUACAAGCUAAGGUGCGUGUGGGGUAGUGCGCUGGAAGAGACACAUCAUGAGUUGGAAUAGAUGACAGAAACGCACGAGACGCUGAUCACGCGAGGUUUACGCGCUGCUGUUACUAGUGGUUCGCUGGCUGCGUCUCGUCGCUUACUUUUUCAUUUUUGGCCUCCUUUGUUUAUACGGUAUUUUUUUUUUUCUAGUGAAUAUUGUAUCUGUCUAUGUAUGUAAAAUAAUAAUUUCCUUUUGGUGGUUGGUAACGUAUAAAAAUACAAACGGCGGCGUGUUGCUAUUGAGAUGAGUAUACAAAGGGCAUGGGAUAAAGGAGGAUUUGGCUUGUAAGUUGUAAUACUCAAUUCUCUCCUUCGGUUUUCUGACUAUUGUCUCUUCUGUUGGGAGGGUGGGGUUUGCUGGUAUCAACUGCAAGAAAGAUAAUGUGGCCUUUAAGGGAAAUGCACUGUGUAUUAUAUUUUAUUCAUUAUAUGUUGUCGUUUUUAUUGAA